AUGAAUCACCGAAAACGCCCAAGGAAAGAACGCGUCUCUAUACUCCAGCUGAAUGUUGGCCGGAACCCAGAAGCCCACGCGAUUGCCCUCGCCCAGGCACACUCCAACUAUAUCGACAUUAUCCUUUUACAGGAGCCCUACAUCUACAAAGACCUCGCUCGAAAGAUCACGAAGAGACACCCGUCCUACGAGUGCUUCUCCCCAACCGAUUCCUGGGAGGUAAGUGGGAUCCCUCGAGUCCUUACCUAUGUCUGCCGGAAUAGUGGUAUCCGAGCCUCCCAGCUCCGUCCCGACACAAUAAGCCAGGAGAUCCUCUCCGACCUUCUCCCACUCCAGAUCUCCUCAUGCUUAGGGCAAUCUGCCCUGAUAUUCAACAUAUACAAUGCUCCAGUCGCUGCAAUCCGGGGAGGAGAAGCAGCGAGAGCUCUCACUUGCUUGCCCGAGUCCUACUUCACAAUGCCUACCCUGCUUGCUGGAGACUUCAACCUACUACACACCAAAUGGCAGCCGUCUCUCCAUCGCCCUCCUACCGCCUUUGCGGGUGCAUUUACAGAAUGGCUCGACGAGCGUGGACUACGGUUUACAUCUGAGGCUGACAUCCCCACACAUAAUAGAGGCAACGUGCUGGACCUUGCCUUUGUCUCAAGCUCCCCGAGCCUCCUAGGAGCCAGUACUAGGGUUGCACACCACCUAGACGCUACCUCUGAUUAUCGCCCACUUCUCACGGAUAUGCCUUGGGAACACGGAUCUGUGGAGACCCCGCAAAGACUAAGGUUUGACACACUAGACCACACCCGCUUCCCUACACUUCUCGCUGCCAACUUAGCGAAUGUCAGGAGCUCGGCAGAGAGUAAAGAGGAAUUAGACUGCCUUGCAAAUGAAAUCACCGCAGCUAUUCAUAGCGCAUACACAGCCUCUGCAAACAAGUCAAUGCCCCGAGGAGGAGGGCAACGUUGGUGGAACACUGGGUACAAGAAGGCACUACAAGACUACCGGGCCGGACUCUGCACACAGAAGGACUUCCGGCGAAUAACUCGACCGCCCAAGUACAAUACUAGCGUGACAAGAUCAACGCGGUAA